CGAGAGAGUAAAACGACCAGCGAGAAACCCGAAUGUGAUUUGAUGGUCGAGAAAAGAAAAUGGCCGCCGUCGCGUGUGUGUACAUCAGCACUUUGAAGGCGCUCUUGGCAUAGACGUUUUGUUUUUCACGUAAUUUUUCACCUUCUAAGCGCGGUUCAUCGACACGAACGUGGCGCAAGAAUUCGGUUUCUGCUGUGAUUUUUCGCGUGUGUUCCGGACUUCCAGGGCAGCAGUAGCAGCAGCAGAUCCCGUGUGGCGGACAAAAAUAAACCGUGGAUCUCCCGGGAAAAAGUAAGAAAAAAGUGUACUCUCAACCGUAUCCGGAAUAAUCGGUUCUUCGUUUUUCCUUGCUUGCUCGUUCGGUUCCUCUUCCUCCUAACUGGAUGGGCUCGAAGCGCAGAAGAGUGCGCUGCCGAUAUUCCGCCAGACCAAAUGAAGUUUCGUAUGAGUAGAAUUUCAUAUUUUCCAGUGCUUUGGCCACAUGCGUUCGAUUUUUUUUUGUUUCAUCCGCGAGUUACGAAUGUGAGUUGAUUUUGAGUGCGGUUUGGAAAACGGAACGGGAUUCAAAGUAAAGUGUGGUGUGGAGCAAUAGAAGAAGAAAAAAAGAAGAGUAACGCAACAACGGCAGCAACAACAAUAGUAGCAGCAACAGCAGCACCAGUAUCAAGCAAAAGAAGAAAGGCGAAUUUCUGGGUCUAUUUUGCGAUCGCGAGGAUGAAGUGCAGAAGGUGAUUUCUAGCAGUUUUCUUCGUUUUCAUUUGAUUACGUCGUCCACCGAACCGGCUGCGCGUUUCAAUUGGAAUGAAGAGGCCCUCAUAUUCAACUGAUGGAGUGAUAGUGUAAUGAUUGUGCAAGUAUAGUAAGUGUAAAUAGCUGUGCAUAGUAGCCGAUAAGCCAAAAGUGGAAAAAGUGAAAUAUAGUGAUUAUUUCUAAACAUAGCUAUAACGUACUACUGAAAUAAUCUACCUGAGUUAUUUGUUGCUGUAAAUAUACGAGAAAAUAAGUCAGUCUUAAUGAAGAAACGAAAAAAAUCUGCUUGCUUCGUCGGUGAUGAAAAGUGAAAUUUCUGGCACAGUGAUAUCAUCGCAAGGCAAGCUUAAAACCGAGAAUAAAGUGAAAAAUUGUCGCAGAAAAUGAAGAUGUGAAGCACUUGCCAGUGUUGUAAGUUUGGCAGGCAAGCUUUAAGCGAGUGAAGUGAUUUUCCAGCAAAGUGAAUCAUUUCAAGCAAUCAACUGUGUGUAAACAACUACGGAAAAAUAUGCUGACUUCGGAAUGAGAUGGAAGCGGCUAUACGUUCAGUGCAGCAGGUUGGGCCACCAGGCCAGAGGGCCGACACUGGCCCUUCGCCGCAGCCUCCUCCAACGAUGUCAUUUCAGCAGCGUGUGCCACCAGGUGCUGCGCAAAUUCAUAGAUCUGUUGAUACGGUGCAAGUUUAUAACAAGGGAGGCCCUCCGCAGUCCCAAACUGCUUCCCGAUCGGCAGCUAGUCCUCUUUCACCUCCAAGACCUGGACCAGGAGCAGGUGCGGCGAACUACCCACCGUUCGCAGGGGCACCGGCGCGUGAAGCACCGCUCAGAUAUGUGCAAAACAACUCGUACUAUCGGGAAAAUCCCUAUACCCGUGUAUCGCAAGUACCACAGAUGCCAGAAUACCAUCGGCAGGUACCGGUUGUUUCGGUAUCUAGUAGUAUACCUGCACCCAUUAGUAUAGCAAAUUCCAUGGAGCCAGUACAACAACAAUCAACCCGACCCCGAAUAUCCCUGUUACCCCACAAUCCCGAUUAUCUGCAGCAGCGAUCUAUGCAGCAGCAGCAACAAUCGGACACCGGCCCGCCUGCAUUUAAAAAAAUUCGCUUAAACGAAAACAGUCAGCCUGCGCAAUCCCUCCUGAAUGUUGAUACACGUGAUCCACCGGCGUCGUCCGGUGCGUAUCAUCCCCAGGUGGAGGCGAUCUCACCAACGCUGCCAAGUGAUCCGACUGAGGAGCUGCGGGCCACCAAGGAUGAUCUGCUGCAGCAGAUAGCUAAGGUGGACAUAGAGAUCGACAAGGCGGAGAAGACUAUCGCUAUGCUGAAGAAAAAGCAGGAAACGCUCGAAGAGGCUUCAGCGAAACCAGCCGUCGAGGAGAGUGCCGCCGAGACGCAGCCCAAGCACCGUAACUUGGCACAACAGAUCUAUGCCGAUAAUCGAAAACGAGCGGCAACGACACAUGCUGUGUUAAGCGCACUUGGCACUGCCACCGAUCUGCCACUGUACAAUCAGCCGUCCGAUGCGGAAAUCUGUCGAGAAAUUCAGGAACGCCACAAAACGUUCAAACAGCAUUUGCUGCUGCAUUUCAAGAGGAUCAAAUCCGAACGGGCGGCUAAACAGAUCGAACUGACUGAAAGAUAUGCGCAGUUAUCGCAAGACUGGUCUAAACGUGUAGAUAAGAUGGAAGCUAGUGCAAAGCGGAAAGCGAAGGAUGCGAAAAACCGCGAGUUUUUCGAGAAGGUGUUCCCCGAGCUUCGAAAGCAGAGGGAGGAUAAAGAGCGAUUUAAUCGUGUAGGUUCUAGGAUAAAAUCCGAAGCCGAUCUUGAAGAGAUCAUGGAUGGUCUUCAGGAGCAGGCGAUGGAGGAUAAAAAAAUGCGUUCAUAUGCUGUGAUUCCACCUUUAAUGUUAGACUCCAGACAAAGAAGGCUAGUGUUUAAUAAUGAAAAUGGAGCGCUAAUAGAUAUGGAAACAGAAUUCAAGGAACGAUUAAAUUUGAAUGUGUGGACUGCUGGCGAAAAAGAGAUUUUUCGAGAAAAAUUCUUGCAGCAUCCGAAAAAUUUCGGCAUGAUUGCAGCCAGUUUAGAUCGAAAAAGUGCGCAGGACUGUGUGCGAUAUUACUACCUCAGUAAAAAGGCGGAAAACUAUAAACAGUUGUUACGAAAGUCUAGGCAGCGGACGAGAAGUUCGAGAAAUAUACAGAAAUCCAAUCAAAAUCAGACACAGUGCAUAGUAGAUGCAUUAACAACUGGUGUUACAACAAGACUACAACGUGAACAACAACAAAAGACUGUAGGCCGUGAUCGUGCCGCGAAUUCAACAAAUAGUUCAAUAGGAAAUAGUUCGGCAUCUAAUGUCACAACAAAUUCAUCUUCAAAUAAUACUAUUAACAAUAACAGUAGCAGUAAUAAUAGUAGCAGUAGUGCAAGUAGUAUUAGCGCGAGUACGUCUAUAUCUAGUGCAGCAUCAACGUCAACGACGAUAGCUACCGCAAACUCUGUAGCGACUGCACCAGUAUCCAGUACGGCAUCUCCUCCGCCUGUAACGACUACGUCAACAACUGCGACUAGCAUUAGUAGUAGUACCAGCACUGUUAUUAGCAACAGCAGUAGUACAAGCAGUAGUAUCACCAAUGCAAACAGCAGUGUUGCCAAUAGCAGUCCCGCGGCACCGAGCGGCGAGACGCCAGAAAAUGUUGUCAAGGAUGAGACCUGCAAAGAAAAACAGCUGCCUAGUUCUGACUCCCCUGCAACGUCACUGUCAGCUUCUGCUAAUACUUCUACUACUACUGCGACUACUACUAGUCCAACGUCGGAUGAUAGUACUACUAUGUUGACAACUACUCCGACGACUGCCACUGCGUCCACAAAUUCGCCUCUAGCAACUGUAUGUUCACCGCGAAGUUCUACGCCCUCAUCUGUGUUAACGGCAUCUGUCACGUCGUCGUCUUCACCAGCACCAUCAGCAGCAACCAGCGCAUCAACAGUGCCGCUAAGUUGUAGCACUGCACAGACAACACUGUCUACGUCAUCGAACGCCGCAACACCAUUGUCACUUUCAUCCAGUAUCAUCAGCAGUAGCAGUACCUUAGCCACGGGAGUCGGUGUUUCCGUAUCUAGCAGCAACAGCAUCGGUAGUGUUAUAAACAGUAACAGCAGCAGUAACAACAAUAACAACAACGGUAUCUUGUCGGGAGUGACUACUGUGGAAACGUCCUUUGUACCUAAUAUUAGUUCUAGUAUUUCUACGAUUCCGUUGAAUGGUGUGAAAACGGAAGUACUGAAUUCGACUACGGCAACGGUAACAACGACGGUUACAUCACUGAACAACAGCUACUGUACUAGUAACAACGUCGUCAAUGCCAGUGUAAAUAGUGUAAAUUCUUCGAUGGCUAGUUCCGUGUCAGUCAGUAGUGGAAUGGCUAUGACUCACAGUGGAUCGGUACCAGUGACGCUUGCGGCGGCUGCACCGGGUAAAAUAAACCUUUCCACAGCGAUGUCUCCCAGCUACCAGCCGCAAGUGCAUUUACAACCACUGCAAGCGCAUCCGAAUGCUGUCAUGUUUAAAGGCACAACCGCCCUGCCGAAUAUGACCGGGGCAUCGUCCAUGGACAUUAUCAUCAAGGACAUCACGUUGGGUUCGGUCGUGGCCAGUGUGGUUAAUAGCAAAUUGGGUGUGAAGGAUAACUUGCUCAAGGAAGAUUUGGAGCCAAGUGAAUCGAAGAAGCGACGAAUAGAAAUGGAUGGAGUCAAAGAUGACGGAGUCGCCCAGGAUGGUAAAGACAAAGGCAGCACAUUACAUUCGUGCUUCGUGUGCAAGGCGGAGAUGUGUCCCCGUACGCGACCACUGGAGCGUGGACGAGGGGCACAGUACGGCAUACCGGAAGAGGCGAUACCGCCGGGGGCACGUGUUUGCAAUACGUGCCAGUGCAAAUCGGUGAAAUCGAGGUACGACUCGCAAUACUAUUCACCUUCCGCUACACCGCAGGGUUUAAUUCUGAACGAUCAAUCCGUCCAUUUUAGAUACACGCAUUGUCCUCUACCGACCUGUCCCAAUCCGAAAGAUAGGGUAAAACGAUUCCGAAAUUUACCACCACGCUUGUUCGAGCUGUCGGUGGAUAUCCGCGAUCCUAUUAUUCAGGAGCUGCAGAUUCCACCGAACGUGACGAAGUGUUGUUCGGCAUGUCUUACUCGUAUUCGCCGUAAAAUGGGUCCGCAUUUGCUAGCAACGAACCUCACCGAGGAGGAAAUCACACGAAUGAAGAAACUUCUGCAGGAUGUUGGUCCGAAAUGGAAUCACCUCUCCGAAGCAUUGAACAAGACUCCUGUCGCACUUAAAAGUUUCUAUUUCCACUACAAAAAGAAAUAUGGUUUUGAUUUGGCUGUAACGGAAUACUACAAGCAGCACCCAGGUGAGGAUAGGCGACCAGCGAUGACGGACGGUGAUGAAUCGGAUAUGAGCACCUCAUCUUCGGAUGAACGAGAUGGAAGCAGUGACACUACCGCAUCCGCUGAAAGUCCCAACAACUCUGUACCAUGUAACGCUGCGAAGGAGGAAAUUAUUACCGUUCCUGAAACGUUAGCACCUCCUCCGUUAACGAAAAAUUUCGAGGAUGAUCGGUUAUUACCGCCUGGUCAACCACCGCGUAAGCAGAGAUUGACGGAGGAGUAUGACAGUUCGGCCACAGAAACCGCAGAUGAAGAAAAUGAAACAUCUCCAGCAAAUAGGCAAAGUCCGAAAGUUCACUAUCCGCCGCUAGGCAGUGUGAAUCCCGUCAUUUCUGUACACCACACAUCGCUGCAGAAUGGCCCCCGUGGUAACGAUGUCAGUUCGCCGCAAAAUGUUCGGGAUGUGGUACUGAAUGUGAUAGAACGAUCUCUAAAAUCUAGUAUGAUGCCAAGUUCUACAAAACCACCGCCGAUGAAGUCCAUGAACGAUUUGUCUUUUGGCCCUCGAGAUUAUCGAGACAUGUCUAAAGGUGCCUCCUUUCAGCGACCACCGUCGGAAGGGAUGGCAACACUAUCGGUGGUUAAUUCUCAUGGCCAUGCUCAGUCCCCCAUAAUUUCUCAUCACCCUCAUCCGAUAGGCUCACAGAUACAGGCAACCAUUACGCCUGUUCCGCAGCAACCACCACAACCCAUGGCACAAAGUCAGCAAAUGCAAUCAUCGAUGCAGCAGCAACAACAAUCGAUGCAAUCGCAAUCACAAGGGGUACAUCCGUCACAACAGCAGCCGCAACAACACCAACAACCCCCGCAACAGCAACAGCAACAGCAGCAGCAGCAGCAGCAACCAAUUAGUUCUAGUGGGCACGAUAAGGAUAUUUCUGUCGUUUAUUUACGUGAAGAACCGCAGACUUUAGAUCUCAGCAUCAAGAAGCAUCAGCGAGAUAACUUUCCACCUCCCGCGCACAAUAGCAAGCUGCCUAGCAAUGCACCCACUCAGUCAGUUCCACCACCGCCGCACUCUGCCAGCAGUAGCAGCACGGUAACGGUUUAUCGUUCGGAUAACUUUCCACCGCCCAGUCAUCAACAGCAAAACAUUCCAUCGCACGGCGCGCCUUACGGGUUGAGCUACCAUGAUUCGAUGGGACGACCGACAAAGUCACCAUCGGGAUAUAUAACAACUGCCCCGGGAGGGCCACCAAUUUCUCUCAACCAAGGUCCGGGAGGUCCGCCGAGUCAGCCACCUUCGGUAGUUGGUCGUGGUGGUCAGAUGCCACAGCAAACAAUUUCACUUACUCCUCCUCCUAUCAAGAAGCAGCAAAAUGUUCCGAAACUUAGCCCUAAAAUGCAGCAUCAAGUGCAAUCGGCCAUGCAGCAACCACCGCCGCAGUCACUCGGACCCAAAGGUUCGAUUACCCACGGCACACCAGUGAACUCUGCUGGCCAACAAAUUAUCAUACCAGGUCAAACGACACUAAGCCCGCGAUAUGACAACAUACUUCGUCAAACGCCGCCGUCAUCCAACGACAAACAUGGCUCCAUUACUCAAGGAACACCUGUUCAUAUGUCCGCUCACGCACUGCCAGAUAAACGUGCAGCUUACGAGUACAAAUCCUACAAUAAUCGGCAAAGCCCAGCACAGGUUUCCCAACCGCCGACGCAAGGAAGUCCACAGGCUCCUCAAUUCACCUACACAAGAACAGCACCUACCUUCACGUUCGAAUCACAGCAGCUGAGUUCGCGUCAAAUUAUCAUGAACGACUACAUAACAUCCCAGCAAAUGCACGGUCAAUCGCAAGGACGAAACACAGCCGGCGGUGCUGUAAGCCGUCCGGAAAAGGAAUCUCCCUCGCCACGAAACGUCCCCAACAUAGCGAAUUCGCCGGCGGCUCUCCUGUACGCUGCUGAACGUGAACGUAACUCCAGGCCAGAAUACAUGAGCCGAGCGUCUCCUGCUGAUCACGUUAAUAGGGGUUCACCCGUUUUCAGUACUCCCAGUCCGCAUCGAACGCCUCCACCGCCGCAACGUCAAGGAGUAAUACAACGACACAACACUAGCGGAGCAAGUGGUAGCAAUACGGGGAAUGCAGGAUCGAAACCUCCAAGUCCUGCGCCCAAUCGGUUGCAUCCGGUACCACCACCGCAUCAUUACAUGCAAGGGCACGACGCUUUUACGUCGCUGGUGGACUUAGCGGUUCAGCAACAACCGAUGACGGUUCCCCACAAAGACGAUAAACGGCAGUCGCUUAUCGAGCAGCAGCAAGGGCCGCCUCCACCGCCGACUUCUCACGAUAUCCGCUAUCAUCAGGCAACGAUGAUUCAGAUUCACCAUCAGCAGCAACAACAACAGCAACAGGCUGCAGCAGCGGCUGCUGCGGCCGCAGUGGCGCAGCAUCAGCAACAGCAACAGCAACAACAUGCAGCGGCCGUUGCAGUACAGCAGCAGCAUGCAGCCGCAGCAGCUGCUGCCCAACAUCAGCAACAGGCUUUCCAAAGACAACAACAGAUGGAUCUUCAACGACGGCAACAAACGCAGUUGCAUCCUUCGUUGCAGCAUCCGUCCGUAGUGGCCUAUCGGGAGCAACAGCAAAUGGAGCGUGAUCGUGAGAUAAACUAUCGGGAACGAAUCGAGCGUGAACGCAAUCUGGCCGAGCGGGAAAGGGAACGAGAACGUGAGCGCGAACGUGAACGAGAACAACGCGAACAGCGUGAGCAGCGCGAGCGACAACAGCGAGAACGAGACCGGGAACGGAUAGCUCAUCACGAGGAAGAGGAGCGUAGAAGAAAACACUACGAUAUAACCAGUGAAAGGAUAGACAGACCAAUGGAAACGCUUGGAAUGCGUCAAUCCUCGGACGGCUCGUUGACCGCAGCGAAUCUAAUUGAUGCGAUCAUAACGCAUCAAAUUAAUCAGACCGCUUCGGAACCACCGUUGCCGCCAAACCGUGAUAUGCACCGUCCUCCAUACUUCCCAUCUCGAGAUCAUCGUCCCUCACCGAUUAGUGAAAACAACGGAAAAUCUCACUCGCCCAAUGUGAUAAAUAUAGACGUUGAUUCGGAACCGGUUCGGACGAAAAACAUUACCAUCGGCGAGCUGGCGGAGAGUAUCAUUGCUAAGGAUUAUUCACCUAAUCCGAACCCAUUUCUGCAGAUGCGUACCUCAAUGAUACCAAUGUCACUGGAAAGUUCGAUAAUGAGCGCUUCGGAUGCCUGGAAGUAUCGUCGGAUACCUUCCGGGAAGGAGGAACAACUAUCCCACGGUCAGCCUCUACCGCAACAGCAACAACAAGUGCAAAUGCAAGUACAACAGCAAGGAAUACCCGGGCAUCCCCAGUACGUGCACCCACAGCAGCAGUCAAGUAAAGGACCGGGACGUUCGACACCUGAUGACAGGCACAUUAUUCGUAUGGCUCAAUCGCCAGGUCCCAGGAACAAAUUUCACGAUUCUGUGUCCCCCGAUUCGCACUUCUUCCAUCCUGGAGCACCGCUCAGUAGAGGACCUCGCGAUUUUGCACUUGAUUGUUACGUGAAAAACCGAAUAGUGGAAGCAAUGCGGACCGAAGACGAUAAACGUAUUGAUGAUGGACGGGAUUUACAAUCUCCCCGAAAUCCUUCACCCGCACAACAUGGACCUCCUCCACCAGCACACCACAACAAAGAUCACGAUCGCAGCUCGACUCCCGCUGAUAUGAUGAUCGAUGAAGAAACUGGGCGACCCGCAUCCGUGGGCAAUCCCCAUCGACCGCCUUCCUCUUCUCAACAGCAGUUGCCGCCGCAUUCGCAAUCGCAGCAAGGUGGAAUGCACAAUUCAAUCCAUUCGUCUCCUUACAUGGGUAGCCAGCCUGGUCCACCUCCUGUAACAACCUUUGCACCCCAGACCUACUACCCGUACAGUGCGUUGACAGUUUCCGGUGGCCCGGUUGUCGGAGGACUCGGACCUCCAGUUCCUCCGCCGAAAACAACUCUAAUUGUACCGACGCUAGGUGGAGGAAGCGGAAUGACAAUGAAUGACGACCGUCAGUCCUCGUCCUCGUCCGCAACGAUUGAGCCAAAGCCACUGCUUUCGUCUCAGUACGAGGCACUUAGCGAUGAGGACUAAAGACAGCCAGAAUUACACUGAUCGCUGUCUUUUGCUUUCGUCGUCGAGGAUGUGGACUGAAUUAAACACACAACAGACACAUACACGUAAGAUACAUUCAGUAUGGAAGCUAUCUCACGCAGAAAUGUAAUUAAAUAUAAAUAUUCAUUAUAACGCAGAAGUAUGAUGGUAAAUACUAAAAAAAUAUGAAGAAUAAUUAUCUAUGCGAAAAAUGUAUUCAAAUGAAAAAAACUAGAACACUUUGAAAUCUGAUAAAAUGCAGAAACCGCUAGAGAUAUACAACGAGAAUUAUUAUUAAAAAAACAUAAAAGCAGAGGAAAGCAAAACCCUAUCGACUACUACUACUACAGCAGAAAACAAGAAAAUAAAAUCUAUCCUGUAAAAUCAUCAGCAGAAUAAACUUAUUCAGACGUCGAAAGAAACAAAAAAAAAACAGUUAUUGCGCUUAACCCUUCUAAGAAUUAUUCCCGGCUAGAGAGAAGCACAUUUAACCACAUGCAUGCAGCAUAUGGGCUGCGUUCGAUAGGAGGCAAAAACAUAGGUGGUUUAGAGUACCGGUCUCGUGAGAAAAUGAAAACUAGACUUAGUGAAAGAGACAGAGGCAAGGCACAGGAAUGAAAAUGGUGUUGUUGUUUAGAAUUGUUAAUCCUGUGCGAAUACAGAUGUGUGUGCGUGUGUGUUUGGAUCAUACGAGAAGGAAAACUUCAAAGAACACUUUUAAUUUGUUUAAUGGCCCACAUUCGGAUGACAGGAGCAACUAGUGCGUUAGGUAUAACGUAAAAGAAAAUAGCUGCUUAAUCAAUAAUGAAGCAAGGCAGAGAUUUAAGAAAGAAUUAUUCGAGCUUGUCAAGCUUCUCAGAAACAGAAAUAACUUAAGAUAAAAUAUACAAAACCAACAACUUUAGUGCAACCAUGCCAACCGUUCUGAGAGAAAACCAGGGGAAACUUAAAAGCGCAUCGCCUAAGUCUGUCCUGUUUCACAAUUAGAGAAAAAAAACGGGAACUUCAGUUUUCGUGUUCGAAUUUUGCGUUUGUUACGUUCGGUUUCAAAUGCAAAGAGAAAAUAUAUUGCAGUUACUAAAAAGUAACGAAACUACAAGUAUGUUUAUUGUAGUGCAGAACAACUGUGCAGAAGAACUUGUGUAAAGAAGAAAGUAAGCUAACAAGUGGAAUAAUGUAUAUGACCCGUUAAUAAGUCCAAACUGCUGAGAUUACUGCGCGCUGUAUAAGCAUAACACCGAGCAAGAGAAGAGAUAAAAUCGCAUAGUGUAGCAAGCAACAAAAAAGGUUAGAAAUAAAAAAAAUUAAAAAAAAUGAAAAGGUGGUUUAUCGAUUUAUGUUCUCUACAAAAAGAAAAACAUGCAUGUAAUUAUAUUAUUGUCAAGUUCAUUAAAGAUAGUUCUCAAUUUCUAAGUUACAACUUAAAAGAAGAAUGAAGGAGGAAAACUAACGAUUAAUUGAUUACUGAACAUAUAAAUUUAGUUAGGUAGACAGAAAAAAUUAGGGCGUCUUAUGGCAUAAGAGAAAGAGAGAGAAUCAAUGAUUAAUAUUAUGUAAAACUUUGUGUUAAGCCUCUUUUUAGUUUGUAAUUAUUAUCCUUAUUUUUCUAAAAAAGUAUAUAUU